UUCGGAUUUAGCACGUAAUCAUGUUCAAUUUGCUUUACUGCACUGCCUAGAGAUAAAAGGCUUGUGUGUGUGUUGGGGGAGGCAGCUUGAGCUUGUGUCGGUCUCUGUGAUGAUGUCAUUGGCAUGAGAGAGCUGGGGCCCUUCUUUACUCUGCUCGGCUGCCUCAGAGGCUGCUUGCGGCGGGAGCAGGCUCCAGGUGCCUGAGCCUCCAAACAGGACCGCGCCCCACCCCCUAGGAGCAGGGCAGCACCAGGACCUGGCCUCAACAGCAUCCAUCCAGAGGCAGAGGCGUCUCUUCACUCUCAACUCUGAGGCUGCCCAACUCUUCGCUGAGAAUUCUGAAAGGGGGGAAUGCCAGCCCCUAGCAUGGACUGUGAUGUUUCCACUCUGGUCGCCUGUGUGGUGGAUGUCGAGGUCUUUACCAAUCAGGAGGUUAAGGAAAAAUUUGAGGGACUGUUCCGGACUUACGAUGAAUGUGUGACGUUCCAGCUGUUUAAGAGUUUCCGACGGGUCAGAAUAAAUUUCAGCCACCCCAAAUCUGCAGCCCGCGCCCGGAUAGAGCUUCAUGAGACCCAGUUCAGAGGGAAGAAGCUAAAGCUCUACUUCGCACAGGUCCAGACCCCCGAGACAGAUGGAGACAAACUGCAUUUGGCACCCCCGCAGCCUGCCAAACAGUUCCUCAUCUCGCCCCCUUCAUCUCCUCCUGUUGGCUGGAAGCCUAUCAGCGAUGCCACGCCAGUCCUCAACUACGACCUCCUUUAUGCCGUGGCCAAACUAGGACCAGGAGAGAAGUACGAGCUGCAUGCGGGGACUGAGUCUACACCAAGCGUUGUCGUGCACGUGUGUGACAGUGACAUGGAGGAAGAGGAGGAUCCAAAGACAUCCCCAAAGCCAAAAAUCAUCCAAACCCGACGUCCCGGCCCGCCACCCUCCGUGUCCAACUGAGCACGUCCAUGAGAACACGCAUCUCCUCUUACCAUGCUUCCCACCCUCUCCCCCCCGCCCCUUGUCGUUCGUCCACAAAAUUAAUUGCCUUUAACCCCCUGGGUGUUCGGUUGUUUGCAAUUCCUUCCUUGUAAUUCAGCCUCUCGGACAAAAGGGCUAGGAAAAGGUGAUAUGUCUCCCAGUCAACUCAUACCCAUUAACCACAGUCCAUCACUUAGAAAGUUCUAGAGAAAAAAAAAAAAAGGUAGUAUUUUCUUAUUAAACAAUUAGCACAGCCUGUAUCUCUGUUCUCUCAUGUUGAUCCAAGCCAGAGACAUCAGUAACGACAAGCAUUUAUGUUGCUGGUGAGCUGCUCCAGUUCAGUCCUGUGUGUGUGUGUGUGUGUGUGUGUGUGUGUGUGUGUGUAUUCCUGGCCAUUUAUAUAGGACCAUAAGUAAACUUGACUUUGACUGCAUGAGAUUCCCCCCCCCAACCCCAGUCUGGUCUCACCCAGUCCUCCACAUCCCAACAUUCCCAGGACAUGCACGAUCACCAGCAUUUAUUUUGAUGAUUUGAGGGUACUCCCCCCCAACUCACGGUGUCCCAGCCGUGUCCUGUACAGAACGGGGGAUGCCCCCAACACCAUUCAGCUUCACAAGUCUGGGAAUCAUUAUCAGUUUGAGGCAAUACGUCAGAGAGCUCUGUCCAAAUUCCUGGAGGCAAAAUUGAAUCUGGCCCUAAAGAGAUUCCUCAGUAGAUUCUGAACACCGCCGCCACAUAGGAAGUCCCAGAGUCACUGGGGAGGCUUGUCCGGGUGGCAGAGACAGAUUUUCAGACACACCUAUUUAUUAUGAAAAGUCCCAUGAUGUCUGAACGAUUGUCCCCCCCCCCAACCCCCUCUUCCCGCCUUUGUAUAUUUGUACAGGUGUUUGAGCUGUGCUUUAAAAACAAAUCUGGAUGGUUUUUUGUUUGUUUGUUUGUUUUUAAUUUAGUGAUUGUUCAACCAUUAGCUGCUUAUGGACAUCAUACCUGUGUUGCUUCUGAAUGCGUUCUGAUUCUAAUGUAGAUAAUCUGCUACUAUUACAUGCAACUACAGCUAAUGCUGAGCUGUAAACAGGCACAGCGAUCUCUCAUGCCAAUAUAUAACCAGCUAGCCAACCUCUUUGCUGUCAAGCCCACCUGUUUUUAAAACAAAGACCCAAGUGUCAGUUGUAAACAACUUGGGUGAUGACAACCCCCAGAACGUAGACACAGCUGAGCAUCUCAGAGCACGAAAGGAUGGUGGAGAAGCGGAGGGCAGCCCCACCCAUCCAGCGCCACGUGCUCAAAGGUUCCUCGUGUUUGUUACGUGUGACUUUUGUAUUUCUCUAGCCCAAAGUGCAUUACAGAAGAUACACCUACAGAACCAUACUUUCUGCUCCAUGUUUCAAGCCUCAUCUAUUCCUGUUCAUUAACUAGUAAUUUUGGAUGCAAUUUACCAUUUACCACAGAAUGGGCAAGUACUUUCAUGACCUAAGCCUCAGAAAAACACACAAGAACACUAACACAGGCACCCGAUGGAGGGAUUAUUGUGGUUUUCUUGACUAAGGUGUAUGUUAGUUUCAAUAGAAACUUCAAACCUAGACUCAGAAAAUUAAAGUCCGUUCUACUGUGAAUAUAGCAAUAUAUUACUGGAUGCAGAACAGUACGGUUGAAACUGAGGACAGCAUUGCUUGUGGAGUCCUGCGUUUCCACAGGGAAAAUAAGUCUGCUUUUCGAAAUCAGAUCUGAGGAGUGUACAAUAAGCAAAAGCUUUGACUUGACUUUGUUGCGGAAGGUUUUGGUGGUUUUCGUUGAUCAACAAAACAAAUAGUGGAGAGAUGAUGCCCUCUAGUGGCGGAAACAUUGAACUCAGCUGUGCAGACAGAUUGGUUACAGCAAUCAACUACCUGCCAGAGGCUGGCUUUCUAACCCACCUUAAUUUUCAGGAUGCAGGUUCUGGAAAAAAAAAAAAUCUAAAUGAGUGAGAUAUUUGGAAAAUAUCUGUGUUUCAAAUGGUGAUAGCAGAAAUUUCCAAUUCAUUGACAGCUGGCAUUACUAAAUUGUGUUGGCAUUAAAAAUUCAGUGUUCUGGAUGGCCCAGUCUUAGGAAACUGAAUCACCAUGUGUCAAUGUCAACCUGCUGCAGAUGUAGGGGUUCUCUCCAUAGGUUGAGCACGGGGAGCGGGGAGGGGGCGCUCUCCCCCGAGGAGACAGAAGUAGCGGGACCUCCCAACACUGUGAAAGUCAAAACCGCUUCAACGCUUCCAUGACGCACAUUGUGCAAACCUCUUUAGCGCUCUUUCACGUCUGAAAUGUGUUAGAUGGAGGGGAAGGGGAAGGGGAAGGUUUCCACCAACUGAAUCAUUUGUGCACGUGUACAGCUCAAAGAGCUUAGAGUUCAAAUAUAUCUGGUGAAUGAA